UUUGUCAAUCAGCAGACCCAAAUUGAAACAUUGGCCCAAUCCAUUUGAAAGCAACGAAGUGAGUGAGAUCCAAAUUCAAACCAAAGCAAGUUUUUCGCGAAACGCAGAGUCUGAUCGGUCGCUGAUGGCAGCGUCGUUCAGGUGGUUAUUACAACUACACAAAGACGUUCCAAAAGCAGCUCGUUUCUACUCCGAAGGCUUAGACUUCACUGUCAACGUUUGCACUCUCCGUUGGGCUGAACUUCAAUCUGGUCCUCUUAAGCUCGCUCUCAUGCAUUCUCCCAUUGACCAAAGCACACAGAAGGGAUACACUUCGCUUCUUUCAUUUACAGUGACAGAUAUCCACAGUACUGUGACUAAACUUAUUGCAUUAGGAGCUGAACUUGAUGGACCUAUCAAACAUGAAGUACAUGGAAAGGUUGCAGCAAUGAGGUGCAUUGAUGGACAUGUCUUAGGCCUCUAUGAACCUGUUUAAGAUACCAGAAAAUAUUCACUACCAACAAUAGUGUUCUUUCUUAUUAUAUGUAUAAAAAUACAAUAGUGUUCUUUCUUUUUUUAAAAUUAUUAUUCAAAUUGUAAUCAACUA